AUGUAUGUUUUGGCAAGCCUUUUUGAAGUCUUGGCUAAGAUGCAUGAGCCCAUGCUCACUGCUCAUGAGAUCAUGGAGACCCUGCGAGGAAUGUUCAAACAACCAUCCGUUCAACUUAAGCAUGACACUCUUAAAUUCAUCUUCAAUGCCCGUAUGGAAGAAGAGGCAUCUGUUCGAGAACAGAAACUCAACAUUAUGGUCUACUUUAACAUGCCUGAGAUGAAUGAGUCUGUCAUUGAUGAGGCCAGUCAGGGUGACCCUUACCUUAUUGAGAAAUUCCACCAAGUAGAGACAGGGCAAAAUAGUGAGUUGCAACUAACCUUUAAGCAGAAGAUUAGUGAUGCACAACGGAGUGACUUUUACCUUGUUGAGAAAUUACACCAAGAAGAGACAGAGCAGGAUAGUGAGUACUCAUUAUCUCCAAAUAAUGGUCUCUAUUAUCAUGGACGUUUAUGUAUAUUUGCAGAUAGUGAUCUUAAGAAUGAAUUACUAGCUUGA